AUGACGCAUGCAGUCGUUUCUGAAAUGGAGUAUAUGGUGCCAGAACUGAGCUACUACAAAUCUCGGGCGAUAUUCAAGCAGGAGGAGAUCCAGGCCAUUGUCAGAAAAAGAAAAAGCUUCGAGGAGAUGCUGGCGACUAACCCCAGAUUCACUAUAUUUCUGCUGUACAUUGAGUACGAGGUGAUGCUGCAACGGAUCUAUGCGAAAAGGGCGAAAAAAGUCCACAGCAAGCGAGACUACAUCAAGUCCCGGAUAGACAGUCUUUACAAGCGGGCGCAGUUCAAGUACCCGGACUCCGAAGAACUGCGCUUUUCGCACCUCGAGUACUUCAUCCACAUAGGAGACAAGGCGAAAAUAAAGGAGCAUGCGCUGGAGCUGCCCAAAAAGCACGCGGGAAGCCAGAAGGCAUGGACCACUGCAGCAAAUGCGCUGAGAUCAGUGGGGGACGUGGAGAACUCAAGAAUCCUCAUGCAAAAAGCUCUGAGGGUGGCCCCCUGCAAGAAAGACAUGUUAAAUGCGUACAUCAAAAUGGAGGAGAGCCACGCACAGAAAGACUCCGAAAAAAUCCUGGAAAUAUUAAGAAAGCACGCCCAAAUAGAAGCAUAG